CCCACACCUCCUCCACCUCCAACACCUCCACUGGCAACUCCACCAGCCCCAACACCACCCCAUCCACCUAUAUUACCUCCAAUACCACCACCUGCACCAAUUCCACCUCCACCUCCAGCACCACCACCACUUGCAUCAACUUUGCCUCCAGCCCCAGCACCACUACCCCCACCGCUGCCACCAGCAGCUCCGCCUGCACCAACUCCACCUCCUGCCCCAGCAGCACCACCAACACCUACUCCACCUCCAAUACCACCACCAGCUCCAGCACCACCCCCUCCACCUAUUCUCCCUCUAACACCGCCACCAGCAGCUCCACCUGCACCAACUCCACCCCCAGCCCCUGCACCACCACCUACACCAACUCCACCUCCAGCCCCAGCACCACCUCCUCCACCUACUCUACCUCCAACACUGCCACCAGCAGCUCCGCCUGCACCAACUCCACCUCCAAUACCACCACCAGCUCCAGCACCACCCUCUCCACCUACUCUCCCUCCAACACCGCCACCAGCAGCUCCACCUGCACCAACUCCACCUCCUGCACCUGUACUGACACCACCACCUGUGCCUACUCCAGCUCCAGCUCCAGCCCCACCACCAGCAGCCCCGCCUGCACCAACUUCACCUCCAAUACCACCACCAGCUCCAGCCCCACCACUCGCACCUACUCCACCACCAGCAGCUCCGCCUGCACCAACCCCACCUCUAAUACCACUACCAGCUCCAGCACUACCCCCUCCAACACCGCCACCAGCAGCUCCACCUCCUGCACCAACACCACCACCUGUGCCUACUCCACCUCCAGCUCCAGCCCCACUACCUACACCUACUCCACCACCAGCAGCUCCGCCUGCACCAACUCCACCUCCAAUACCACCACCAGCUCCAGCCCCACCACCCGCACCUACUCCGCCACCAGUAGCUCCGCCUGCACUAACCCCACCUCCAAUACCACCACCAGCUCCAGCACCCCCCCCUCCACCUACUCUCCCUCCAACACCGCCACCAGCAGCUCCACCUGCACCGGCACCACCACCUGCACCGACACCACCACCUGUGCCUACUCUAGCUCCAGCUCCAGCUCCACCACCAGCGGCUCCGCUUGCACCAACUCCACCUCCAAUACCACCACCAGCUCCAGCACCACCCCCUCCACCUACUCUCCCUCCAACACCGCCACCAGCAGCUCCACCUGCACCAACUCCACCUCUUGCACCGGCACCACCACCUACACCGACACCACCACCUGUGCCUACUCCAGCUCCAGCUCCAGCCCCACCACCAGCAACUCCACCUGCACCAACUCCACCUCCAAUACCACCACCAGCUCCAGCCCCACCACCCGCACCUACUCCGCCACCAGCAGCUCCGCCUGCACCAACCCCACCACCAGCUCCAGCACCACCCCCUCCAACACCGCCACCAGCAGCUCCACCUGCACCAACUCCACCUCUAGCCCCUGCACCACCACCUACACCAACUCCACCUCCAGCCCCAGCACCACCUACUCUACCUCCAACACCGCCACCAGCAGCUCCGCCUGCACCAACUCCACCUCCUGCACCAACGUCAGCACCUGUGCCUACUCCACCUCCAGCGCCAGUACUAGCACCACCACCAGCCUCAACAACACCUCUUCCAAUGCCGCCACCAGCAGCUCCACCUCCAGCCCCUGCACCACCACCCGCACCCACUCCACCUCCAAUGCCACCACCAACCUGUCCACCUACUCUGCCUCCAGCGCCGCCACCAACCGCUCCACCUGCACCAAUAGCACCGUUUUCUCCAAAAAAAACGUUUUCCCCUCCGUUCCCGUCAUUCCUGCCAAAACAAUUAGGCUUUUCUUUUCUUUGGCCGUCUGCUACUGUUGAUGUUAUCAACAUCAUUCCUAGGAUAAUUGCACCCAUAAUGUUUCCCGUACUCUCCCCCAUGUUUCUCAGAACACAAAACCGAGGAAAUUUGAAGAGCCUGAAACUAUAG